CACUGACGAAAUUUCCUCGGCUCGGCCCUGCUCCCUGCCCGUUUCUGCGAAAUCAGACGGAGGCGAGCUAGUAUCUGCAAGCUCCGGGCCAUAACGGUGCUGGUCAGGGCAGCUCUCUCCAGACAGGAGGAGGAGGGGGAGAGACGCAACUGGUAUUUUUUUUUCUCCUCUCAGUGUUUCCGUGCUUAACCGCUCCACACAGACGACAUUUAGUCGGCGGAGAGAAACAAGCGGAUAUCGCUGGGAUGGAUGGACCAAGUGAGCAGCUCUCGCCGUGAGACUGGCGCUAAUUUGGACGUCCUGAGCAGCAGGUGUACUGAAGGAUAAAGCAGACUACAGGGAAUCUCAGUGUUCAUGAAACUUUGCUACGAUUUACGUGCUGGGGUUGCCGUCCACCAUGUUAAGGUAAAGCCCAGGUGCGCGGUGUUGACCAUGCUAAAGCGCCUGGACAAGAUCCGCUUCCGAGGCCCCAGGACGAGAGAGGACUUCCCGGAUCUGGCCGAGUCGCCGCCCGCCUCCGACAACGAAUGUAGCGACGACAUGCAGCUGAAGCCCAGGACAGCUCUGCGCGACACAGAGGAGAUCCUGCGAGACCCUGCAGGUUCGGGGUCUCCAACCAUGGCUGCGGCCAUCCAGGACUUCCAGAGGUCGGAGUCAGACAGGCUCAACGAAGUCAAAGGUCACCUGGAAAUUGCCUUAUUGGAGAAACAUUUCCUACAGGAGGAGCUGAGGAAGCUGCGGGAAGAGACCAAUGUGGACUCUCUGCGGCAGGAGCUAGAGCGAGAGCGAAGCAAAAGGAUAGACCUGGAGCAGAAGAUGAAUGAGGUGCUGAAGACCAGGCUGGAGGACUCUCCGCCACAGCCUCCCCGGAAACAGCAGUCGCCCUCAAACAAUGGAACAGCAGACAAACAGCAGAAGGAGGUGUGGAGCUCGCGGCUGCAGAAGUGGCUGUACGAGCGCUUCGGGGUUUACAUCGAAGACUUUCGUUUCCAGCCGGAGGAGAGCACCGUGGAGGCCGAGGAACCACUAAGUGCUAAAAGGUUAACAGAAAAUAUGAGGCGACUCAAGCGAGGAGCCAGACCUGUCACCAACUUUUUGAGGAACCUCUCCGCCUUAUCUAAUUGGCACUCUGUCUACACCUCAGCUAUUGCCUUCAUUAUCUACAUGAAUGCUGCUUGGCAUGGCUGGGCCAUUCCCAUGUUACUCUUCCUGGCUAUCCUGCGCUUGUCCUUAAAUUACCUCAUUGCCAGAGGUUGGAGGAUCCAGUGGAGCAUUGUGCCUGAGGUCUCAGAACCCAUGGAGCCUCCAAAGGAAGACUUGACUGUAUCUGAGAAGUUCCAGCUUGUACUUGAUGUUGCACAAAAAGCACAGAACCUGUUUGGUAAAAUGGCCGAUGUUUUGGAGAAGAUAAAAAACCUUUUCAUGUGGGUGCAGCCAGAGAGCACCCGGAAACUCUACAUCUGCCUGUGGGUGACUUUCAUCACCUCCUGCGUCCUGCCAUAUAAACUAUUGGGCUUCAUGAUGGGUCUAUACGCCGGCAUCAAGUUCUUCAUCAUAGACUUCCUGUUCAAGAGCUGUCCGAAGCUGCGGGACAAGUACGACACACCCUACAUCGUGUGGAACAGCCUGCCCACAGACCCUCAGCUCAAAGAAAGGACCAACGCCACUGUGUCGAGGCGGGUUCAGCCGGUGGUUUCUCGAAGCAGCCUCGCCACCGUCCCAUGUGGGGUGAGCAGAGAGGAGGAGACAGGUCGCUCCCACAGCACCAAGAAGGGAGCCUUUCAUGAGGUCUUCAACCUGCAGGAGUCAGAGCGCCCUCUGGCGGUGUGUGAGAACGGCUGGAGGUGUUGCCUCAUAAACAGAGACAGGAAGAUGCCCACAGACUACAUCAGGAACGGAGUGCUCUACGUCACAGAGAAUUACCUGUGCUUUGAGAGCUCCAGCUCCAGAUCCAGCUCCUCCAAGAAGAAUAAAGUCAUCAAGCUGGUGGACAUCACUGACAUACAGAAGUACAAAGUGCUUUCAGUCCUACCAGGAAGUGGGAUGGGCAUCUCUAUAGCUACUCCUUCCACUCAGAAGCCAUUGGUGUUUGGUGCCAUGAUCCACAGAGACGAGGCUUUCGAGGCCAUCUUCACCCAGUACAUGAAGAUCAUGACCACCACCAAACCACCUGCCAGCGCAGAGCUCUAGACAGCCUGUAUCCCAGCAACAGAUCUCCAAACUGGGGUUUAAGUCUGGGGCAGAGAGCCUCCUGAGAUUCAACUGGACUGGAAGAUGAUUUAAAAACAGCUCCACACUCCUCCGCUCUGCGUGAGCCUCCUCCUCUUGUGAUGGGCGUCAGCUUCCUCGUCGAUGGUCAUCGGCCAGCUUUGAUUGGUGGAUUUCCUAUCUAGGCCACGUCGGAGGGGGGACGUGUGGGUGUGUCAGCUACAUGUCUGUGUAGUUGGGAUUUAGUUACAUCACACACUUUUUGUGGGUGUUGGAUAAUGAACAAAAUCCGCUAACUGGUUGUGUGGAGGAGUGAGGAUCGGUGUGGUUUUUAUCAAUCAGCAGAAGGCGGCGAGGGGGCUGGUUCUCCUCUCCCACCUGACUGACCAACUGACUGGCUGACUGGCUUCCUGACUUACUUGUUUCUGUUUGCAUGUGUGAGUGGGUGUGUGGGCAGGAAUUAUGGUCUUAAAUUGCGUCAAGUGGCUCUAUUUUUCUCUUUAUUAGUGAGUCAGUGGAGUGACUUCUACUGUGGUAGGAAGAUUUCAAGAAGUGCUCAAACUGGCCGUCAAGUGAAUAUCAUAGAACAACUAGAAGACAAAUAAGAGGUUCUUUAUAACUGCCAGACGUCUGUAGGAACAAAUAUGUGAAUUUUAGCUUUAUAAAUCAGAGCAAAAACAACCAUUGAUGUUGAAAUAUUUAGAAAUCUAACAGGCUGAUCGGUGCCUCGUGGCAUAGCCCAACAAAAUUCUAUGUGUACAUGUGUGAGUGGUCAGGUUUUUUAUUAUUGUAUUAGCUGUGAACAUGUCAGAUCACCAUUUGACUGACAUAGAGCCUUUCUGUUAGUUUACAUUGCUGAUGUCUAAUUUCUUGAAUUUUCCUCCUUUCUAGACACAUUUCAGCAGCGAUGGUAUGUUUUUAGUCUUCUUUGUCGAUCUAACAGAUGUUCAGCAUCCGCUUCGGUGUUUGUAAGUGUGCGUAUGUGAAAUGUGCAGUGAUUUUUUUUUUUUUUUUUUUUUUUCUUUCAGAAAUGCCUUUCUUUUGAAAAAUGUCUCUUUGUAACAAACAGCCUUCGGGAUGAGUAACUGGUGGUCCUCGAGCUGCUGAUUGCGUCCAAGACGAGAGCACAAGCGCUGUUAGAUGGUUCAAACACUGACUGCCAUUCGGAGCUACGACACAGCGGAGAGCAUAGCCUCCCGUGUCCGAGCUUCUCUUUUAAAGGCACAAUCUGUACAUAUAUAGAGAGAUUCUCCUUUCUUCCAUCGACGGUAUUCCCCUUGCACUUUAUUAGAGCGUUAACUGGAUUCUCUGGCAUUUACGUUGCGAUGAAUAGACUUUAAAUACUCAGUAGUUACGCUGGAAUCCCUGGUCAGUGUUGGCAAAACAGUCUCAAAGCUACACCUACAUCCUAAGGUAUUUUUCUUUCAUCUGCUGGUCUCAGUGCAGAACAUAUGCGGUCGUAGCGCAUUGUAUUAGUACCAGAUUGAUCUCUGCUAGGGUUGGGCCAGUGUAGAAACUUUCAAACCGGUUUGAUAUUAAGCCAAACACUGGACCAGACCGGUAUACCGAAUUUUACCACUAGAAUUAGUUGCACUUGACUCAGCAGCCGCUCCCAAGUGGCACAGAAUGACACUGUGUCAAACGAGCGUUCGACUGUCAUGUCAAAUUGCGUAACAGUGGAGCUCUCUGUCCGCACUGAAUCCAUUAAACAUGGACUUCUGUUGCGUCAUAUAGCUGUGUGCUCGAGAUCAUACUGGAGAUGUAACCACUUUAAAGAUGGGUGAGUGGCCUAGUCGCUAUCUUCCUUCUUUUGUUACAGUAACUUUUCAACAGAAAUAACACGUUUUAAAUCGUGAUAAUAACUGGAAAUGAUGUACAGUAUAGUCAACAGCAAGUAGGUUGUUAAUAGCAACGGUCAUUUACUAGAAACUUUGAGCUCCUCGGGAGAUCUCCCUCCGACCAGCUGUCAACUUAUUCAGGUUCUAUAGUGAAAUGAGGUAUUGUAAAGAUAAUUUCUCAGCUUAACUAACUGAAUCUGCCGUUCCUCGUCCAUCGCAGCGUUUCAAAGUGAGUACAGGAAUAAAAAGUGUCAGGGCACCUGACUAAACUUAAACUAAAAACGACACUCGCUGCCAGUUAGGACACCUCUUUCAUCAGCUUCACAUCCAGAAUGUUGCCAUACUGGUGCACUUUUAGUUUUUGGAGAGACGCACUCUGCUAUGUCUUCUCUCGUCACCCCAAAAAACACAUGAACUUACAAGUAAACAAACAACAAUGUGCGCCUCUACUGAAAUUUGAUUUCCUUCUUGUUGCUGUGCUCGGCUUAAUAGUAAAUUAGUGGCUCCGUUAGCCUGUUUCUAAACAUAAACACAUAAUAUUAUGUUAAAAUCAUGUUGUCAUAUUGCUUGUUGCUAAUGCAAUACAAGCUUGAUUUAGCACGGAGAUGUCGUUGGCACAUUUUGCUGAAAAAAGUGUCAUAAUGACAAAUGCUGGUUUGCAUAAAAUCAAACCGAUUUGAGCUCAUACACCGUGCUGAAUCGGCAAAACCUUAGAUCGCCUCAACUCUAAUGUCUGUCACAGCCAGACAACCUGUAAACCUUUAAAGAAGGUACUUCGAAUUAUAAAUAUAAACCUGAUCGUCCAAAACCAGCGCAGAAAUAUUCAUUAACCUUCUGAUUGGGUGAUCUCACAGAUGGUCAGGCUAUUUUAGGUUACAUACAAGAAAUAUAAAUGCUGGAUUUAUUUUUUUAAAUAAAUCCAUUUUUUAGAACGGAAAACCAGGACUAUGAGAUAUGAAGACAUGCCUAAUAACUUAUUUCGUUGCUUAUUUUUUCACUCCUCUGUAACGCCACAGUGAGUCGAGAUCGAUGUCUGGCUGCUCUUCCACUUGUUCCAGAUCAUCUUAGUGUGAGCUUUUGUAAACCGUAGUAUAUGAUAUAUAUGGAUAAAAGGUCUAGACUGAAGAGAAUACUUCAACGUCACUUUAUUUUAAAGAUGCCGUUCACGAGAAUAAAGCCGGUCUUUACUCUUGCAGAACGGUUUGAUAUGUAGAAAUAAUGAUGCCAAACUACGUCAGACACUUCGCCGUGUUUUCGUGAGAGGAACGGAGACAGGAUACGGGACUGGAGGUCACGAUUUCUCUUCAGAUUUUUAGUACGAGAGGCAGUAGAGUAGCUGUUCCACACUCCUAUUUACUGUACGCUCAGCAGCACAAGCUUUAGUUUCUAAUGUGUAAAUCUUACAGAACACUGUUAAAAGGGAGACCUUGACAUUUAUUUGUUUAUUUUUUUCUGGACAUUUUCACUCGCUGGACACUUCCUACUUGUUUAAGAAUCUUAAAUCAGGUUUUAGUCGACGUUCCUCAAGAAAAACAGGAUCGUUUUCUGUUGGCUGCACUUCAGAACUGCCCCGUUCAUGUCAAGGUUUCUCUUAGAGUCUAUACAAGUCCUCUUAUCAUCGAUUAGAAUCAACUGUGCUGGAUAUGAAGUUGCCAGAGACGCAAUGGACCAGCUCAAAGAACCACAUUAUUAUUAUUAUUAUUAUUAUUAUUAUUAUUAUUAUUAUUAUUAUUAGUUAAAGCUAAUUAAGAAUGGAUAUUUUUCUUUGACAUCCAUUUGUAUGAUUUGGCCUGUUAUGUAUAGGCUGCCUUCCCAGACAUGGAUUUUCUAUUUUUGUUUAGGAAUGAAUUAGAUCCAUGACAGAGGGAAACCUGUGGGAUAUUAGAGCAGGUGAAAUCAGUAACUGACGCUGUCUCACUGUGUGAUCGGAUGGCUCGUUGUAGUCCUUAAAGCUUUUACCCGAAGCCUUUUGUAAUCUGUUAACUCUGACGAACAGCUCUCUAACAAGGCUGCGCUCAGAUAAAGCACAGAAUGUAUCACGUUCUAAAAUAUUUUUUUUCUUUUGCCAAAUCUAUAAUUUUCUGUCUGCCAUAUUCUGCCUACGCUCAUGUUUACAGAAGGUUGUACAAAUUUUGUUUUUCUGUUUUUGUUUUUUUCUUCUUAACCCAGUUUGAAUUCCUUUAACUGUGGAGUUAUGAAGACUGGACUGCUGUUCUUAAAUGAAUGUCUCAGCUCUCAUUGGCUCUGCAACACUCACAUGACUAUUUCUGCUCACCGUUAACCAAUAGGAACCUCAAACCAUGGCAACAACAAGAGUAUUUUAAACCUCAUUCAGCAUGUAAAUGGUCACAUCCAACAUCGCAGUACUUGGUUACAGUGUCGUGUCAGUUGCAGUAAACAGGCUUCAUACAGAGCAGAGAUGGUCAUGGUGGACUGAAGUGGCAACAUCAAUGUUUUUGACAUUUAGUUUGUCCUUUGUGACGUAACUUUUUGAAGAGAGUAGAGAAAGGCAGAGAUUGAUUCAAAUUAUGUGGAAGAGAAAAAGUGUGCACUCAUAUUACUGUAAGGCACUUUGGAGCAGAUGUUAAAGGAAUUGUGCGACAUUGUGGGAAAUUGGAUGAGACGUCUGAUACCACUCUCAUGUCUGUGUGCUACAUUAGAGGCAGUACCUUCCUUUCCAGUGUCCCCCAGUCUAGCUUAUUCUGGAAAAUGGUAGCCAACAAUGAGAGACGAAUGAUAUCUAAAACCUGUUUAAAUCAUGCCAUGCAUUAAACAUAUUAUGUUUGUCAAUUUAAAACACAACUCCACAAGUCAAGAAAGCCACAGUUCGUUGCAGUACUGUUUAGUUUAGUAUGAAACCGUUCAGUGAACGACAUCACUAGUCCUGCAAGACAUACGUCACCAACACUAGCUAGUUAGCGAGCUAACUUAGCUAUGUCCCAUCAACAGAUGUAACGUUAUCGAACCUGAUGUGUUCUAAUAAGCAACCAUGAAACACAGGCAUCGUAGCUUUCGCUAGAGAGAAAGCUAUGACGUCAUAUAUGUGACUAGUAAAGUCGUUCUAAUUACGUAUUUUCAGUCUUUUCAACAGAUUUACAACAAACUGCGACUUUCUUUAUGUUUUUUAGGUUGUUUUUUGGGACUUUUUGGCCUUUAUUUGACAGGACAGUGGAAGUGUGAAGGGCUGUAGGUCGGAAUCAAAUCUGCGGCCACCGUGACAAGGACGUAGCCUUUGUACAUGGGAUGCAUGCUCGACCAGGUGAUCUUGACUUGUAAAAUUAACUUUUAAAUUGAAGAACAUCGUAUGUGCUUUCAUGACACAAUUCAAGCAAGAUCAAGACAUCAUUUGUCUCUCCCUGUCGACUACCGUACAUAUUUCUCCCGAAACAAGGUCCCAUGAUUGUCCACAGGAAGGGGAAGGACUUCGCCUCUUUAUACCAAGCUAAUGCCAACAGUUGGUCAGCUUAGUUUACUUGAGCUUAGCUAAACAAACUGUUUCCAGUCUUUCUCCUGCUGGCUGUAAAUAUUUAACAUAGAGGUGGAAAUUAUGAAUGACUGCUGAUUAGCAGUCCCUUGUAGUUUGUCCACUUUUUAUCCAAGCUCAUUAAGGGACUGCAUCGAAUUGUCAGUGAACUUCACAUACAUCAGAAGUCUUGACUGGAGCACUUUCUAUUAGAAACUGAAGCCAUACAUCUGAACAAUGAUUACUUUGGGAGCAUACAAAUAUUUAAUAUAUUCCAUAGUUACCAAAGUAACUUCCCAACUUUUCAGUUGUGAUCACGUCUAAAAACAUCUACACCUUUCUAUUGUUUAACCUACGAUAGUCUGUGAAAAAUUGUGUUCGUUAAUGGCUUCUAAAAACAAAAAUAUUCAAUAGAGAACAAUAUUAAACUGUAUUGUUACCUUCCUUAUCUCUACAUACGGAUUGAACCACAAUACACUGCUGAGAAAAGCCCCUGAUUCAGUCCGUUACAGGGAUGACUCAGUAUAACCAGUGAAGUUAGAAGAUUCGAUGAUCUUCACACCUCUAGGAAUCUUAACAAACAUUUCCCAAAAUGUCGAAAUAUUCCUUUAAUUUUAUCAGCUGCAAGCUGCACAUAAUGACUGCCAUACUGUGUACCUCACUCUUGGCAAAUAAUUCAGAGCAGGUCAAGGAUUUAAUCGCUGUUGAAGUAUCAGGGUCCGUGUCAGAAACAGUAGUGUUGUGCUCUCAAGGUUCUCCUGCGCUGAAGGUGGUGUCCUCGCUGUUGUAUUAAAUACAUAAGUUCCUCUUACUGUAUAACUGUUAAUUAAGGGUUUUCCAAAAACAGUUUUAACAUCCAAGUGAACCACUCUGAGUGUACACAGCACUGACUGUACCAGAGACAAAUGAAUCGUCUCAAGGCUGCAAACGGCCCUAAUUUAAGAUUAUGACUGAAGAGAAUUUCAAAGGUUAAAUGAAUAAAUCUCAAGGAUUCACUCCUGUUUUAUGGACUGAGUCUGUUUAAUCAACGCCCAAGUGUUACUGGGGAAACACUGCAGUCAUUACAACCAGUAAUUAAUUUGUCAUCUAUGACUCUUUUUUUUUCUCCUUAUUUUUUUUGUCAAAGAGGAAUUUGUAUACAAAUUAUUGAAAUGUACAGUGAAGAAAACAAAAACCACUGAGUUUUUAAAAGACAUGUCUAUUGUAAAGGAUAAUGUGAUGUACAUUUUUUAAUUUAAGUAAAUGAA